AUGGUUGUGGAGCGGUUGUUUGGGCUGUGGGGGGAAUGGCUCUAUGAGAGCUGGUUCGCUCAGAGCCACUUGGAUUGCGGGGCCACAUUUGUGGGCGCAUGGACGGGCGGCGCCACACGGGUGUAUGCGCUGGGUGCUCGGGACUACUUCUUCAGCAACCCGCUUCUGGCAUGGUUCGUGACCACAUGCAUGCACGUCAUCCCCAUCAACCGCCGCAAGUUCUCCCAGCAAGAGAGCUUAAGGCAACCAGCGGCCCCCACCGCCCCACAGCAAUGCUCAUCUUCCCCUCCUUGCUCUCCUUGCCCUACCCUCUCCUCCUGUUUCUCUCUCCUCCCUCCUCCCUCCCACUCCCGCCUUCACCACCAGCUCGACACUCUACUAGAGCUCAAGGUUACCAGCGGACCUCACCGCCACACAGCAGUGCUCAUAUACCCUUCCUUGCUCUCCUUGCUCUACCCUUUCCCCCUGUUUCUCUCCUCCUCCCUCCCUCCCACCACCAGCUCGACACCCUAUUGCAGCUCAAGGCAACCAGCGGUCCCCACCGCCCCACAGCAGUGCUCAUCCUCCCCUCCUUGCUCUCAAUACCACAACAUCUCUCACUUCUCUCUCUCCUCCCUCGUCCCUCCCCUCCACCUCUCCCCCUCCCACCACCAGCUCGACACCCUACUGCAGCUCAAGGCAACCAGCGGCCCCCACCGCCCCACAGCGGUGCUCAUCUUCCCAGAGGGAACGCGUUCCAUCACCGGUUCACUACAGCCCUUCAAGUCGGGCGUGGGGCUGCUGGCAGAGCAGCUGGAUGUGCCUGUCGUGCCUGUCUGUGUUAAGUCGGGCGUGGGGCUGCUGGCAGAGCAGCUGGACGUGCCCGUGGUUCCUGUGUGUGUCCAGUCGGGCGUGGGGCUGCUGGCAGAGCAGCUGGACGUGCCCAUGGUUCGUGUGUGUGUCCAGGGCACCUUUGAAGCUCUACCGAAGGGCCGAUCCAUUCCCCUGCGUAGACGGGUGACUGUGGAGUUCGGGCGGCCUCUGGACGUUCAGGAGUAUCUUCAGGUGGCCCAGGUGGCGCCACCAGAUGCUGCUGUCGUCUCUCCACCAGCAAGCACUCAGGGCGAUGCCGUUCAGAGCACAUCAGCCCCAGGCCCAACAGCAUCUGAAGAUACCGAACGAGCCAUGAGACGAGCAGCACACAGGCGAUUCGCAGACGACCUUCAGAGCAGUGUGGCAGAUAUGGCUGCGCGGAGCAAGGGCAGGGGCGCACAGGGAGAGACAGGGUCACGGAGUAAGGGGAGGAUUACACUGGGAGAGGCAGAGACAGAGAGUAAGAGACAGCUGAAAGGCCAGGGGAAACGGGUAAUGGAAGGAGCGAGGGAAAGGCAAUGGGUGGUCUUAACUGCGUGCACAGCUGCAGCUGCUGUUGCUGCUGCCAGCUUUGGUGGUGUUUCUCCUCAGGGCAUCUCUCAGGCAAGCUAUGCUGCAGCAGCAUCGUUGCUAGCUUGUGUGCCUGUGCAGCCAGGGGAGACGGCAGGGCUCGCUGCUGCUCUUGCCCUCUGCUUUGCCUUGCUGAUUGCUGGUUUCAGGCCUGUUGCUAGCUGGGUAUGGCCGUAUCUGUUCUUCCCAUCAGAUGAUCAGGAAGAGAUGCCAUAA